AUGGACCAAGCUCAUCAGUUCUCCCGAUUAGGGUUUUUAAAAGACGCAACUCCUCUAUCUCUUCGGUUGGGUGGUGCCGUAGCAGGGAGCUCUAGCGUAUUUCUCAAUUCCAGAAUGGCUAGAGGAUUGAAGAAGCAUUUGAAGAGGCUCAAUGCCCCGAAGCAUUGGAUGCUUGACAAACUGGGUGGUGCAUUUGCUCCCAAGCCUUCAUCUGGACCACACAAAUCUAGGGAAUGCCUGCCACUCAUACUCAUUUUGCGAAACCGGCUGAAGUAUGCCCUGACAUACCGUGAAGUCAUUGCUAUUCUGAUGCAGCGACAUGUCCUCGUUAAUGGCAAAGUCAGGACGGACAAGACAUAUCCUUCUGGUUUUAUGGAUGUUGUAUCCAUCCCUAAAACAAAUGAAAACUUCCGCCUGCUGUAUGACACUAAAGGAAGAUUCCGUCUUCACUCUGUCAGAGAUGAUGAAGCUAAGUUCAAACUCUGCAAGGUUCGCUCAGUACAGUUUGGGCAAAAAGGUAUCCCAUACCUGAACACGUAUGAUGGUCGCACCAUCCGUUACCCAGACCCUGUCAUCAGGGCUAAUGACACCAUCAAGUUGGACUUGGAGGAAAACAAAAUUGUUGAUUUCAUCAAAUUUGAUGUUGGGAAUGUAGUGAUGGUGACAGGUGGAAGGAAUAGGGGGCGUGUUGGAGUGAUAAAGAGCAGAGAGAAGCACAAGGGAAGCUUUGAGACUAUCCAUGUUCAAGAUGUUACUGGGCACGAAUUUGCAACUCGUUUGGGCAAUGUGUUUACCAUCGGCAAGGGAACAAAACCUUGGGUAUCUCUUCCCAAGGGUAAAGGUAUUAAGCUUUCAAUCAUCGAGGAAGCUAGGAAGAGGAUUGCCGCCCAACAAGCAACUGCUGCUUAA